CGGGUUGUGCGUGCGACGCUCGGGGGGCGUGUCCAGCGGAGUCACUGCAGCGGCGGACAGAAACAAACAAACCGAUUCUCCAAGUUUCAGGAUUCGAACCCAACACGUCACCGAGUCGGUUGUGAGCUGUGAGCCGCUCAUCCUCACUGAACCUGGAUCAGAUCACUUCCUCUUUGACGUCAUCCCAUCCAGACACUAGAGGUGAAUGAGAUCUACGCAGGAAGUGGGGCUCAUCACAUGGGAGUGUGUGAGGGCGUGAGCGAGGUCGUGUGUUCAGGCCUCCUGCUGGCAUGGCGGGGGUCAGAGAGCGCGGCUCCCGGACCCAGAGGCCGUGGUCGGUGUACCGGGCCACCACCUUCGAGCUGUCCGACGAGAUGAUCGGCCUGGCGCUCGCAGGGAACAGUCAGGACCCAGACGAGCCGGUGCUGGAGUUCAGCGUCGUCUGCACUGACCUGGUGCCUCCUGCUCUGGAUCGAAAGCCCAACAGCUUCGUAGCAGUGAGCUGCACGACGCCGCCUCAGGCCUUCUGGACCAAACACGCCCAGACUGAGGUCAUAGAGGGAACCAGUAAUCCCAUCUUCCUCAGCAGCGUGGCCUUCUUCCAGGAGUCCAACAUCAACCAGCAGACGCAGGUGAAACUGGCCGUCUAUGAUGUGAAGGACCGCUCGCAGGGCACGAUGUACCUGCUGGGCUCAGCACUUUUUCCUGUCAAGGAGAUUCUGCAGGAGGAGAGUCACAGACUACAGCUGGAACUGAGAUCUGCAGAGAACGUGCGCGUGGGGAACAUCACCAUCACAGCCUGGCAGAUGGAGGACCGAGCGGACCAGAGGAUGUCGCUCAACCGCCUGCCAGACGGCAUCAACGGCCGGACGGUGCUGCCUGUGGACGAGAGCCUCACGGAGUCGAUGGGAGUCCGGAUCAAGUUCGCCUCGCUGUGCAAAGACACCUUGCUGCGCUCAGUGUUCGGAGGCACCAUGUCCAGGAUGUACCGCUUCCCCACCACGGACGGGAAGCAUCUCCGCGUGCUGGAGCAGAUGGCCGAGAGCGUCCUGUCGGUCAACGUCCCCAGACAGUUCGUCAAGCUGCUGCUGGAGGAGGACGCGGCCAGGGUCUGUGAGCUGGAGGAGCUGGGAGAGUUGUCCCCCUGCUGGGAGAACCUGCGGCGACAGAUCGUCUCUCAGUACCAGACCAUAAUACUAGCUUACCAGGAAACCCUGUCCGACCUCAGUGACUACAGAGGGCCGUCAUUCAAAGCCAGUAACCUGAAGGCCGAGAGGAAGCUGGAGUUCAUGCCGACCAACCUCCACGUUCAGAGGAUGAGGGUUCAGGAUGAGCUGGGCUUCGAGCACACGUAUGAUGUGAUCACAAUCGGAGCUCCGGCCGCUCACUGCCAGGGUUUUAAAAACAGCGGCCUGAGGAAACUCAUCCAGAAGUUUGAGGAGGCAAAGAAACACAGCGCGCUCUCCAGCUCACAGUCCAUCGUCUUCAUACCUCAGGACAUCGUCCGGGCCAAAGAGAUCAUCGCCCACAUCAACACGCUGAAGACUCAGGUCAGCUACUACGCCGAGCGGCUGUCCCGCGCCGCCAAGGACCGCUCGGCCAGCGGCCUGGAGAGGACGCUCACCAUCCUGGCUGAUAAGGCCCGUCAGCUGGUGGCCGUGUGCGACUGUAAGCUGCUGGCUUCAGCCAUUCAGGCCCUGAACGCCGCGCGGCCGGAGUACAUCGCCUCCAAAGCGUCUCCUUCCGCCGACUCGGAGCAAGUAGUCCUCCGUAACGACCAGGACACGCUGCUCGCCAAGUGGAGCGGCCGCAACAGCCGCUCCUCGCUACAUGUGGACUGGCAUGAGGAGGAAUGGGAGAAGGUUUGGGUGAAUGUGGAUAAAUCCCUGGAGUGCGUCAUCCAGCGAGUCGACAAGCUGCUCCAGAAGGAGAGGAGGCCCAGCGAUGCCAGUCAGGACAGUACCCAGAGUGACCUGCAGGGCGGCGGCAGUAAGAAAGGUAACGGAGAGAAAAGACGAGCGUUCUGGAUCAACCCAGGGAAUAUGUCAGAGGAAUCUCCAUCAUCCUCAUCCUCAUCCACACUUCCACCUCCAUCAUCACCUCCUCCACCACCUUCCUCAUCCUCUCUGCCUGCCCUCUCCUCCGCUCAUCCAGAACACGAGUCCUAUGGAAGCCCCGGUGCUGAGGAGGCGUACCCAGGUGAGUGGAGCGAGGCGUUGUACCCUCUCCUCACCACGCUCACCGAGUGUGUUGCCAUGAUGAGCGACAAGGCCAAGAAGUCCAUGGUCUUCCUCUUGAUGCAGGACAGCGCCCCGACGAUAGCCAUGGACCUGUCGCUGCAGUACCGCCGCGACGUGGUCUUCUGCCAGACGCUCACCGCUCUCAUCUGCGGCUUCAUCAUCAAACUGAGGAACUGCCUCCGUGACUCCGGCUUCCUCCGGCAGCUCUACACCAUCGGCCUCCUGGCUCAGUCCGAGUCGCUGCUCAGCACCUACGGGGAGGAGCUGUCCAUGUUGGAGGACAUGAGCGUCGGCAUCAUGGAUCUGAGGAACGUCACCUUUAAGGUGACCCAGGCCACCGGCAGCUCGGCGCCCGACAUGCUGCCGAUCAUCACCGGGAACCGAGACGGUUUCAACGUCCGCAUCCCGCUGCCAGGAACCAUGUUCGACGCUCUGCCUCGAGAGAUCCAGAGCGGCAUGCUGCUGAGGGUCCAGCCGGUGCACUUCAACGUGGGCAUCAACGAGCAGCAGACGCUGGCCGAGAAAUUCGGAGACACGUCCCUGCAGGAGAUCAUAAACCUGGAGAGUCUGUCCAGGUUGAAUUCGUACUACGAGCAGUUCAAAGAAGUCCUGCCUGAGGACUGCCUCCCCAGGUCUCGCUCUCAGACCUGUCUCCCCGAGCUGCUGAGGUUCCUGGGGCAGAACGUUCAUGCCAGGAAGAACAAGAACGUGGACGUCCUGUGGCAGGCGGCCGAGAUUUGUCGCCGGCUGAACGGCGUCCGCUUCACCAGCUGCAAGAGCGCCAAAGACCGCACGGCCAUGUCGGUGACCCUGGAGCAGUGCCUGAUCCUGCAGCACGAGCACGGCAUGGCGCCGCAGGUCUUCACCCAGGCUCUGGACUGCAUGCGCAGCAUUGGUACGAGGGAGGGGGUGAUCCAGAAGAACCUGAGCGGCUUGCUGCCGGUGCGUGACUUCCGGCUGGACCCCAGCCUCAUGUACUCGCUGCCCCUGCUGGCCCUCAGCCCCAACCUCCUGGUGGUGUGGAUCUUCCUCAGCGUGGCCUAUUUCCUGGCCAAGCUCCGCUGCAGCUGAGUGGCCGCGAGCAGCCGACUGACUAACAGCCAAUCAUAACG